AUGCGGGACAACCUAUGGACAGAAGCAGCAGAUACAGCGACAAAAUUAGACACAGCACUUGUCUAUCAACGAGGUGAACAAAGUUCACAUAAAAAAUUCUGGAAACAAGAAGCUAGAUUUGCGAGACACUUGAAAACAUUUGGUGAAAUGGCAGUGAUUAAGGUACACACAAAGAUCAAGGGCAAACUGAAAGACCGUGGACGAACAGUCAUGUUUGUGGGAUAUGCUGAUAACUCCAGUGGAGACACUUACAAAUUCUACGACCCAAAGACAAAGCGAAUCAGUUCAAGUCAAGAUGUGUCAUGGUUGAACAAAAGCUAUGGAGAUUGGAAGGGAAUCAAGAAAACUAACACACUACGAUUGACACAGGAGAUCCUAUUGGAAACCGCAAAUGACAAUGAUAUUGUACAAGCACCGACAACUCAAGCAAACGGCGCAAAUACAACAACACAAGAAACGGGACCGAUUCCAACAGCACCAGCGGCUACGGAAAGGGCAACAAUGCCAGCAGUACAAUUGCACUUGGGCGCAGAUCCACAAUGA